GACGACGUCGGCCAACCAGAUCCUCAAUCGAAUAUUAGACCUUUCAUUUUAAGAGAAAAGUCUCUUGAAAGCCCAAGUGAAAGAUAUUUAAGGCAGAUGCGAAGAGAUGUACAAGAAUGGAAUCAUCAGUUCUGGCGGGAGCAAAAUAUAAAUUUUCAACAAUGCAAGAAAGAAUACAUUGCCAAGCGAGAUGCUAAUUGUAAGAUGAAAGAGAGUAAUGAUGAAGAAACGCAUUUACAUGCUGAUGAACUUGCAGAAUUUUAUGGCCAAUUUUUAAACGAUAAUUACAAGAUCCAUAUCAAUUAUAACAAGGAAUGGUACAAAAAGAAUUUCUAUCUACUAGCCUUAACUGUAUAUACGAAAUUAAAUACUGUAUACCGCAAAAUGAUACCUAAUAGAGCGUAA